CGGAGUUGGAGCGGGGCCGGCGCCGCGGCCGCUUCUGCUGGCCGAACUGCUGCCGCCGCCGGGCGGACGGGCGGGCAGACGCGCAAAGCCGGGGCAGGCGCGGCGGGGCGCGGCGGGGCGGACCGGCCCCGAUGAGGCGCAAAGAGAAGCGGCUCCUGCAGGCGGUGGCGCUGGCUCUGGCGGCCCUGGUCCUCCUGCCCAACGUGGGGCUCUGGGCUCUGUACCGCGAGCGGCAGCCCGACGGUAGCCCUGGGGGAUCCGGGGUAGCAGUGGCCCCCGCGGCGGUACAGGAUUUACACGGUCGACCAAAGAAGCCGUUUUUCUUGGAGGAUAAAGAAAAGCUGAAGGACUGGCAUGACAAGGAGGCCAUCAGGAGGGACGCACAGCGAGUAGGACAUGGAGAACAGGGGAAGCCUUACCCCAUGACCGAUGCCGAGAGAGUGGACCAGGCAUACCGAGAAAACGGAUUUAACAUCUACGUCAGUGAUAAAAUCUCCCUGAAUCGCUCUCUCCCCGAUAUCCGGCACCUGAACUGCAACAGCAAGCGCUACCUGGAGACACUCCCCAACACCAGCAUCAUCAUCCCUUUCCACAACGAGGGCUGGUCCUCACUGCUCCGAACCGUGCACAGCGUGCUCAACCGCUCGCCCCCAGAGCUGGUGGCGGAGAUCGUGUUGGUGGACGACUUCAGUGAUCGAGAGCAUCUGAAGAAGCCCCUGGAGGACUACAUGGCCCUUUUCCCCAGCGUGAGGAUUCUCCGGACCAAGAAACGGGAAGGCCUGAUCAGGACCCGAAUGCUGGGGGCUUCGGCAGCCACCGGGGACGUCAUCACGUUCUUAGACUCGCACUGUGAAGCCAACGUCAACUGGCUCCCGCCUUUGCUCGACCGCAUUGCUCGGAACCGAAAGACCAUCGUGUGCCCAAUGAUCGACGUCAUCGACCACGAUGACUUCCGGUAUGAGACACAGGCCGGGGACGCCAUGCGGGGUGCCUUCGACUGGGAGAUGUAUUACAAGCGGAUCCCCAUCCCUCCAGAGCUGCAGAAGGCUGACCCCAGUGACCCAUUUGAGUCACCCGUGAUGGCUGGAGGGCUGUUUGCUGUGGACCGGAAGUGGUUCUGGGAGCUGGGCGGAUAUGACCCUGGCUUGGAGAUCUGGGGAGGGGAGCAGUAUGAGAUCUCCUUCAAGGUGUGGAUGUGUGGGGGCCGCAUGGAGGACAUCCCCUGUUCCAGGGUGGGCCACAUCUACAGGAAGUAUGUGCCCUACAAGGUCCCCGCUGGAGUCAGCCUGGCCCGGAACCUGAAGCGAGUGGCAGAGGUGUGGAUGGAUGAGUAUGCAGAGUACAUAUACCAGCGCAGACCGGAGUACCGCCACCUCUCAGCUGGGGAUGUCGUGGCCCAGAAAAAGCUCCGAAGCUCCCUCAACUGCAAGAGCUUCAAGUGGUUUAUGACCAAGAUUGCCUGGGACCUGCCCAAGUUCUACCCACCUGUGGAGCCCCCAGCCGCGGCGUGGGGGGAGAUUCGCAACGUGGGCACAGGGCUGUGCACAGACACCAAGCAUGGCACUUUGGGCUCCCCGCUGAGGCUUGAGACCUGCAUUCGGGGCCGUGGGGAGGCUGCCUGGAACAGCAUGCAGGUCUUCACCUUCACCUGGAGGGAGGACAUCCGGCCCGGAGACCCUCAGCACACCAAGAAGCUCUGCUUCGACGCUGUCUCCCACACUAGCCCAGUCACCCUCUAUGACUGCCACAGCAUGAAGGGCAACCAGCUGUGGAAAUACCGCAAGGACAAGACCCUGUACCACCCUGUGAGCGGCAGCUGCAUGGACUGCAGUGAAAGCGACCGCAGGAUCUUCAUGAACGCCUGCAACCCCGCCUCCCUCACCCAGCAGUGGCUCUUCGAACAUACCAACUCGACGGUCUUAGAGAAGUUCAACAGACACUGAGGCCUCAGACCUCCUCAGCAAGCCCCUCGGGUUGCUAUGGAGAGCUUGCACACCUUCCUCCUCCCGUGGGAGAAGGGGAUCUGUGGGCACCAGGGUGCUGGGCCAAAUGGCUUGGGGCGGAGGGUUCUUGAAGCACUUGUGUGGUGCGGCCAGAGGGAGAACAGCCCAGACAAACGGCUCUACAAGAAGCCAGAGCCCGCUUACGUUAGCGCAGAGUUCCUCAGCCUGCCAACAUGUCCUCUAAGUGUUUGGCAUACCUGUGGGCAGCCUCAGGCCAGGAAAUUAGUCCUAUGAGGUUGCCCAGCUCUCGGGCUGCUCCCAGACAUGACAGUGCCCUAGGAAGAAAGGCGGUAUUGGCCUCGGGGCCGCUUUUAAGCCUAUGUGCCAGCCGCUGGCAAGGCAGUCUGCCCAUGCCGGGGAUGCCUGCCAAUAUUGCCUGUGUUGGCCCAGGGCAGGGAGAGCCCAGUGGGGCCUCAGAGUGUUCCAUAACUCGCCCUGGCCAGCAACCAGGCAAGGGUCCCCCCCCCCUUACUCUGCAGCCGGAUGGAUGUAAAGGAUGCCUCCCCUGGCUCUCUGGGUGUUUCAGAUGCCCAUUCUAGCUUUAGGGCUCUCUGGGUACCAGGUUUUCAGGGCUAGUUCAGCUGGCCGAGUAGACCUCCUGCCUGAACAGCUCCCAACCCAUGCUUCCAAAGCCCUUUCUCUGUAUCUCUCCUUGGCAGCUCCCUGCCUCAGAGAGGAAUGGGGUGCUGUGAGGUGCUCACUUCUAGAAUCCCCUGGGGGAAAGCAGCAUCCCCCCAGAUUAUGGCCAUUGCGGUCCUAACCUCACAGAACCCCGGAGUUUCUGAAAAGUACUGUGGUUCUGUCAAAAGCCAAGAUGAGCCAUGGGGUGCGUGGGCAUACAGUGCAAGCAGCCAAGUACCAGGCAACCCCUGACCCAAGCCCACGUGUGGCCCUAGGGGUAGAGGCAGUGGGGGACCAGAGGCUUUGGUACAACCCAAUGCCUGACCAUCACAGCUGCAGCCUCGUUAACAGCGAGGUCCUCAUAAGCUAGUGUCCCCUGACCAGAUCACCCCUAGCCCCAUGUCAGGGUCCCAGGGGGGUCGCAAACAAAAACUCACCCUCCGAGGAUUGGGUCACUGGAUCGUGUUACUUACCAGUGAAGUAACUGAUACGUGGUCCUGGGGACAGAACUCCGCUGGAGAGAUUCUGGUACUGAGGUCAGCAAGCCCCCCCAGCUUGGCCAGGUGUGGCUGGUGUUGAGCCUCCUCCAUGCAGCUCCUGGGUGGUCACAGCUCACUUGUGGAUUCCUGGUGUCCUUUUCCAGAUGAACAUCCUACCUUACAAGUGGCCAGCUAGGAAGGAAUCCAGAUGGGGGUGGAUGGGGGGGUCUAGAAUCAAGUGGGGGUGGGGGUUACAGUCAAGGGGAGUCGAGUCCUCAGAGAGCAGUGUGGCCUCGUGACAAUAAAAACUGUGCCUUUUAUAAAGAGAAAAUGCAACCGAGCAGCCGAUCCCCUAAACUUGAACCACUUCCUAGUGCCUUGCCAGACAGACAAAUGGGUGGGUGGAGGAGAGGCACCUGUGCAGGUCCUAUGAGCAGAGUGUGUGUGUGUUUCCUUCUGACUCAAGCAGGAGGUGCUAGGCUCAAGGCAGAACCUGAGACCCAGAGGCCCACACGGCAGGGGCAACUGCCUACGGAUGCAAGAGCCCUCCCUGGGACAGGAUGGCUCUAGGAGCCCGCAGCUUCUAGGGACCUGGCAGCCCUUUGUAGGGGGACAUGCCGAUCCCCAGAAGUGCUGUGCCUGUCCCUCACUCUCAGGGGCGAGAUGACCAGCUGGAUUUCCAGGUGAUGUCAAGCCAAGCAGAUGGUUUCGGGCAGGGCAGCCACAAGCCAUCCUCAGUCUCGCUCACUCCAUUCCAUACUCAUCUGGUUCUCAUCCCCCUUCUCGGGUGGGGCGGCCACUUCCUCUGAGCUCACCUCAGCGUGUGGGACUGCUGAGCUCUGAUCUUGGGGCAUAAGACUUGAGGAGGUAUGCCAUAGGAAGGACUAGGUUGGUCUGGUGGCUGACUGCAAAUGCUUCAUUUCCACCUUGUUCUGAUGUCAGGUGUGGAAAUCCUUGUCUCCAAGGGUCAGGUUUCCACUCAGCUGACAGUCUGCACAGGCAGAAGGACCGUGGACAUGCCACUGGCCAAGUGACAUGCCAGGCGGCUGGCCUCUUUUCCUCCAAAGCUUUAUUCAGAGGCCGAGAUCACAAAACAAGAUGUGGUUAGAAAGGCAGCCUCCCUCACAACCCCUCAGCCCAGAAGAUUCCAGAAACAUUUUGGAAGGCGAUGUCCUUGCUGUGGUGAUGCUAAGGCCUUUGUGUGGCAAGCCGUCUUACCCUCUCCUGCCAGCCAUAGCUUCCGGCUUUGAAAGCAGCCGGGAAUGAUAGACCUUCUCUUGAGGCUGCUCUCCUGGGCGGCGGGCAUAGUGGAUUUCCAAAGUCAGCCUCGUGGUGCCCCCUCCUUCCUGUCUCGCUUGUUCCUGUGAGGAGCUGAGAGCUGCAGGCUCUUCGCCUCAGCCGUCCCUGGUUCUGACAGAGUAGGCAGUGUGCGCUCAGCCUUGUGUCUGUAGUUUUCUAAAGACUGGCCGUGUAAAAGAGACAGAGAGUGCAGAGUGCCGUUCCACCCCUGAGCGCAUCAACCCUUGCCCCUGAUGCUUCCUACGACAAAGCCGAGUCAUAUUUUGGUUCAAGGCUGAUGCUGAGCCAGGGCCCUGCCAUCACCAUUGCGUGAGAGUGGUCCUGAGCUUCGGGAUUUUAACAUGUUCCACUGGCUGGGUCCCCAGGGGAAGCUGCAGGCAGGGAAGCUGGGAGGUGAGACAGGGAUUCCACGGAGAAAGCCCAAGAGCAUCCACCAUCCCUCCUGCCUGGGAGAGUAAGCCUUGUGAAGGACGACUUUACCAUGUUCAGUUGCGAUUGUUCAAUAAACCUCCAGACUUUGUCUAAA